AUGACUGCGCAACUGGAUCCCUACUUCAAGCAGGUCGACACCCUGUCGGACCACUUCAUCGAUCGUCUGCGCAAGGCCGUGGCCAUCCCCUCCGUCUCGGCCGACGAUGAGCGCAGGCCCGAUGUCGUCAAGAUGGGCGAGUUUCUCGCCAGCGAGCUCAAGAACCUCGGCGCCGAAGUCCACCUGAGGCCUCUGGGCAAGCAGCCCCACAAGGAGCACCUCGACCUUCCCCCCGUCGUCAUCGCCCGCUACGGCAACGACAAGAACAAGCGCACCAUCCUCGUUUACGGCCACUACGAUGUGCAGCCCGCCCUGAAGGAGGACGGCUGGGCCACCGAGCCCUUCAACCUCACCAUUGACGACAAGGGCCGCAUGUACGGCCGUGGCGCCACCGAUGACAAGGGUCCCGUGCUGGGCUGGUUGAACGCCAUCGAGGCGCACCAGAAGUCUGGCGUUGACUUCCCCGUCAACCUGCUCAUGUGCUUUGAGGGUAUGGAGGAGUACGGCAGCGAGGGUCUCGACGACUUCAUCUACGCCGAGGCUAAGAAGUUCUUCGCCGACGCUGACGCCGUCUGCAUUUCGGACAACUACUGGCUCGGCACCGAGAAGCCCUGCCUGACCUACGGCCUGCGCGGCUGCAACUACUACAGCAUCGAGAUCUCCGGCCCCGGCCAGGACCUGCACAGCGGUGUCUUCGGCGGUACCGCCCACGAGCCCAUGACCGACCUCGUCCGCGUCAUGGGCUCCCUCGUCGACCCCUCGGGCAAGAUCCUGAUCGACGGCCUGGACAAGCUCGUUGCGCCUCUGACCGAGGAGGAGAAGUCGCUGUACGGCGACAUCGCCUUCACCAUGGACAACCUGUACGAGUCGCUCGGCAGCAAGACCGGCCUCUUCGACGACAAGGAGCGCACGCUGAUGGGCCGCUGGCGCUUCCCCUCGCUCUCGCUGCACGGCAUCGAGGGCGCCUUCAGCGCCCCCGGCGCCAAAACCGUCAUCCCCGCCAAGGUCAUCGGCAAGUUCUCGAUCCGCACCGUCCCCAACAUGGAGAUCCCCGAGGUCAACAAGCUCGUCGAGGCCCACGUCAACAAGGUCUUUGCCAGCCUCGGCAGCAAGAACACGUGCAAGCUGAUCGAGCAGCACUCGGGCAAGUGGUGGGUCGCCUCGCCCAAGCACUGGAACUUCACCGCUGCCGCGAAGGCCGUCGAGCGCGUCUGGAACGUCAAGCCCGACCUUACCCGUGAGGGCGGCAGCAUCCCCGUCACCCUCACCUUCGAGCAGGCUACCGGCAAGAACGUCCUCCUGCUGCCCAUGGGUAGCUCGACCGAUGCCGCGCACAGCAUCAACGAGAAGCUGGACAAGAGGAAUUACAUCGAGGGUAUCAAGCUCUUGGGUGCUUACUUGCACUACGUUGCCGAGGAGCCGAUGAACGCAUAG